AUGGGCUUUGCGCCCGCGCCGCCGCCUCCGGUGGAUAUCGAGAACUUGACGGCUGCAGCCUUCGAAGAGAAGGUGGUGAAGUCGGUGAACCGCAGCGAAGCCGCCUAUGGAGCGAUCGUUCUCUUCCACCUCGAUGGCGAGGCCUUGCCGGACUUCCGCCAGGCCAAGUCCAGGAUCGAAGAAGGGCUCAGAUCAGGCGAUGUCCUGUUCUUCCGGCCGAUCCGCUUCUUUCUGGUAGACUGCUCUGAGGAGGCAGAGCUCUGCCGUCGCUACACCUCCAGCUUUCCCUGCAUCCUCAGCUUCCGAGAGGAGCGGAUGAAGCCUUUCAACAGGCCGAUUCAUUCGGAGCCGCUUGCGCUGUGGAUCACGCGCAUGGCGCGGCCCUCCUUCUUUGUGCUCGACACCUAUGAGCAAUGGGCCGCAGCCCAAGCACGGCCCUUCGCGAACUUCCUGCUCAUCGUUGCCGAGGAGGAUCAGUAUUCCCUGGAGGUGUGGCAGGAGUUGGCUUUGGAGAACAUGGAGUUCCACAACUACUACGUGGCAGUGGACGACACAGGAGUCUGGAGCGCUUUGCCGGGGCCGAGACCUUCGGUGCACCUCACUGCGCAUCAGGACCUGCAGCUGGAUGCGCCCCACUUCAUUUGGAGGGGCGACAAGGCGAUGCUGAGGAGCUGGCUGGCCAUCAGCGCGCUGCCGGUGCUGCUGGAGCUCACGCUCGCGGCCUUUCGGGAUCUGCCCAUAGGUCUCCCCCUGGUGGCCUUGUGCCAUAGCCACAACGCCUCCGCGCUGGCCGCCUUCCGGCGCCGCGCGCAGGCCAUGCGAGUCUCCUUGCUCUUCGCCUUUGCAUCGCUGGACAUUGACUCCCGAGAAGGUCAGCUCUUGGCGAGGCGGGGAGAGCUUUCCGACUGA